AUGAGUCAUCCGAUCGAAAUAAUUAUUCCUCGAGAUCCAAAUAUAAUAAUACCACCAAUGAUUUUACAAAAUGUUACAUCAAUGAAUUCUACUCCUCAUAAUCAAUUAUUUGAUUUACAUUAUUUGAAUAUUACAAGUUCUCUUUCGAUUUCAAUUCAUUUUGAAAUUCAACCUUUGAAUACAAGUCUUGCUUAUUUAUUUAUUUAUAAAUUUGAUCAAUUACCUCAGUUGAAUACUUCAAUCAAUAGUAUUGAUGGAUGGACUCUAUUUUGUCCUUUGAAUUUAACAAAUGAAACUUUGUAUAAAUAUUUUAUUAAUAAUCAACAAACAUCCGGUCAUCAAUCAAUUAUAUAUGGUUUACGCGAAUUAAAUUCAACAGAAAUGAUGAAUACAUGUUCGAAUACUUUAAUCAGUAGUCCCCCAAUAACUGAUCAACGAUUUAAUUUUACAUCGAAUUAUCAACUAAGAAUUUAUACAUCAGGUUGUUAUUAUCUUGAUAAAAAUAAUCAGUGGAAAUCAGAUGGAUUAACAGUUGGUCCUUUGACAAAUCAUUAUGAAACUCAAUGUUUUUCAACUCAUUUAACAAGUUUUGCUAGUGGUUUUGUUAUUUUACCUGAAUUAAUUAAUUGGAAUUACGUAUUUGCUAAUGCUGAUUUUAUGAAAAAUAAAACAAUUUAUUUAACUGUCAUUUGUGUAUCUGUAAUUUAUAUUAUUUUAAUCAUAUAUGCACGUUUUAAAGAUAAAAAAGAUUCGGAAAAAUUAGGAGUAACACCAUUACCUGAUAAUCAUCAAUCGGACCAAUAUCUUUAUCAAAUUAUUGUUUUUACUGGUCAACAACAAAAUGCUGGAACAAAUUCAAACGUUCAUUUUAUUGUAUAUGGCGAUAAUGAUGAAACACAUAUUCGUACGUUAGCUGAUUCUCAACGAAGAAUUUUACAACGUGGUGGAAUUGAUCCAUUUAUAAUGGCAGUUCCAAAAUCAUUAGGAUUAUUAAAUUAUGUUCGUAUAUGGUAUGAUAAUACAGGUCAAGGUUCAUCAUCAUCAUCAUGGUUUCUUAAAUAUAUAAUUAUUCGUGAUUUACAAACAAUGGAAAAAUUUUAUUUUAUUUCUCAAUGUUGGUUUGCAGUUGAAAAGGAUGAUGAAAAAAUUGAACGUAUUUUAUUUGUAGCUGGUGACGUUGAAAAACAACAAUUUUCAUAUAUAUUAUCAAAAAAGGCUUAUCAUAGUAUUUCCGAUGGUCAUUUAUGGUUUUCAAUAUUUUCUCGUCCACCAUCAAAUCAAUUUACACGUGUUCAACGAUGUACAUGUUGUUUUGUUUUAUUUUUUAUUUCAAUGUUUUUAAAUAUAAUGUACUAUGAUUUAUCAACAGAAGGUAAAACAAGUACAUAUAGUUUAUCGUUUGGUUCACUUUAUAUUACUCGUCAACAAGUAAUUAUUGGUAUAAUUGUUGAAUUAUUUGUAUUAAUUCCAAGUCUUUUAAUUGUUCAAUUAUUUCGACGUCUUCAAUCUCGUAAAAAACAGGUUUCACCAUUUUCAUUAUUAUUUCCUUGGUGGUGUAUAUUUAUUGCAUAUGGGCUUUGUAUAAUAUUAGUUGGUCUUUCAAUUAUUUUUAUAAUUGCUCGUGGAAUUGAAUUUGAUGAUGAUAAAACACAAAAAUGGUUAAUAUCAAUUCUAAGUGGAUUUUUUUCUUCAAUCAUUUUCACACAACCAUUAAAAAUAAUAGGUUUAACAAUAUGCUUUGCUUUUUGUUAUCAAAAUUCAUAUGAUGAUAAAGAAGCAAAUGAAUAUUUGGAUUACUAUGAAGAAUACCUUCAUUUGGUUAAGAAGAAAUCUCUAUUUACUUAUCGACACAGGUCAAUGAUAAAAGAAAUAUUGUUUUAUGUAUGUUUUAUAACAGUUCUUUAUAUUAUAAUUUAUUCAAAUCGUGAUUUAAAUUCAUUUCUUCAAGUUAAUCAUUCACGAAAAGUUUUCUUUAAUUCAAGACAAAUCAAUUGUGAUUAUACAAAAAUUACAACAAUAGAUGAUUAUUGGAAUUGGUUAGAAAAUAGUUUUGUUGGAAAUAUUCGUGCUCAACAAUGGUAUAAUAAUGAUCCACCUAGAAAUUUAAGUGGGUUUAUUAAUGAUAAAUCUAAUCGAUUAAUUAGCUGGGCAACUAUGAGACAAUUGCGUGUCAAAUCAACAUUGUGUCAAGUUCAAAAUGAAAUUACUUCAACAUGUCAAUAUGGUUAUAAUUUUUAUAAUGAAGAUAAAUAUUUCUAUGAACCAGGAUGGAAAAAUGAAAUAAUACAAAAUUAUAGUUCAGCAAUUUCUCAAUCAUUUCAAUAUUCAACAAGUGAAGAUUUAAAUAAAUAUGGUUAUAUUGGAGAACAUGAUGCUGGGCUGCGAUUCGAUCUAUUUUUCCUCUAA